UUUUCAACUAUAAAUCCACAAGCAUUCUCAUUGAAUAUCCGCUCUGCAUCUGAUCUCCAACAGCCUUCAACCAAACUCCCAACUCACAACUAACUAGGGUUUUUAACGUAACAAUAAUGGCACGCAAGAAGAUCAGAGAGUAUGAUUCAAAGAGGCUGGUGAAGGAGCAUUUCAAACGGAUUUCUGGUUCUGAUUUGGCUAUUAAAUCAGCACAGAUUACUGAAUCUACAGACUUGAAUGAGCUAGUAAAAGUGGAACCUUGGCUUUCUUCAGCAAAAUUGGUUGUGAAACCUGAUAUGCUGUUUGGUAAACGUGGAAAAAGUGGGCUCGUUGCUCUAAAUCUUGAUUUGGCCCAAGUUUCUGAGUUUGUGAAGGCACGUCUUGGUAAAGAGGUUGAGAUGGGAGGAUGCAAAGGACCCAUAACCACAUUCAUUGUUGAACCAUUUGUUCCACACAAUGAAGAGUUUUAUAUCAACAUUGUUUCCGAGCGAUUAGGAUGUAGCAUUAGCUUUUCAGAAUGUGGAGGUAUUGACAUUGAAGAGAAUUGGGAAAAGGUCAAGACCAUCUUUUUGCCAACUGGGGUGUCGUUGAAUCAAGAGAUAUGCGCUCCACUUGUUGCUACACUUCCAUUGGAGAUUAAACCUGUAAUCGAGGAGUUCAUCAAAGCUAUAUAUUCUUUAUUCAUAGAUCUUGACUUCACUUUCUUAGAAAUGAAUCCUUUUACUCUAGUUGAUGGAAAGCCUUAUCCUCUUGACAUGAGAGGAGAACUUGAUGACACUGCUGCCUUCAAGAACUUUAAAAAGUGGGGCAACCUUGAGUUCCCAUUGCCUUUCGGAAGAGUUAUGAGUGCUACCGAAAGCUUUAUUCAUGGACUAGAUGAAAAGACUAGUGCAUCUUUGAAGUUUACGGUUCUUAAUCCAAAGGGACGAAUUUGGACCAUGGUUGCUGGUGGAGGUGCUAGUGUCAUAUAUGCUGAUACAGUUGGAGAUCUUGGUUACGCAUCCGAGCUCGGAAACUAUGCCGAAUACAGCGGGGCACCAAACGAAGAAGAGGUUUUGCAGUAUGCUCGAGUUGUCAUUGACUGUGCAACUGCUGAUCCAGAUGGUCAAAAGCGAGCUCUUGUAGUAGGAGGUGGAAUUGCAAACUUCACCGAUGUUGCAGCCACAUUCAAUGGCAUCAUUCGUGCCAUGAAAGAGAAGGAGGCUAAGUUGAAAGCUGCUAACAUGCACAUCUACGUAAGAAGAGGAGGUCCAAAUUACCAAAAAGGACUAGCGAAGAUGCGGGCACUAGGAGAGGAAAUUGGCAUCCCAAUUGAGGUGUACGGACCCGAAGCAACAAUGACCGGAAUAUGCAAACAGGCGAUUGAAUACAUCACCGCUGCUGCCUAAACGUUACCGGGCUUUUGUGUUUCUCUGGUUUGUUGCAUUUAAAUGGAAGUGUUGUGUCAUGUUUGUUUUUGUGGCAAUGUGUUGUUCUUUUGAAAAUUUGUAGAAAACUUAAGCAAAGGGACAAAUUGCGGGUCAGUUGAUUUUAAAGACACGGGCACGGGUAUAUGUGUAGAAGACUCGUAAGUUGUUGAAAAUUAUGGUUUUGUUAGAACUGUUAUAAAUCCAUAAGCCUAUUAUUAAUAAACAAUUUAAAAGCUUGUUACCCUCGUAAA